AUGGGGGAGGAUGACUCUUCUAACCCUCAUGGCGGUAGCACCACUGCUUCCUCCUUUCCUUCUCAACCAACCAUAGCCGAGUUGAGUGCCCAGGUGGCUCAACUAAUGCAGAUGCAAACUCAGACCUCGAACUUGAUCCUAACCCAGGAUCCUACCAAGACGACCCCGACCUCGACUCAGACGACGACCCCGACCUCGAAUCAGACGACGACCUUGAACCCGAAUCAGACAACGAUUCCGACGACGAUUACCUAUGAAGCUUCCGCUGCACAGAUUGGCAUAAAGUUGGAUGGCACCAACUAUGCCCUAUGGUCCCAAGUUGUAGAGUUGUAUAUCUCCGGCAAAGACAAAUUGGGAUAUAUUAAUGGUGAUCUUCCACAACCUCUUUUGACCGCUCCAACGUUUCCUCGCUGGCGCACCGAGAACUCUAUUGUAAAGGGAUGGCUCAUCAAUUCUCUAGAGCAGAGCUUGAUUGGCAAUUUCAUUCGUUUUCCGACGGCAAAAGCAGUGUGGGAUGCAAUUGCCACAACUUACUAUGAUGGCACUGACACCUCUCAGGUUUAUGAUCUGAAACGACGAGUCUCCCGUAUGCGACAAGCUGACGGCUCUAUUGAAACCUAUUACAAUACUCUCCAAAGCUUAUGGAGAGAAAUUGAUUUCCGUCGUCCAAAUAUGAUGGAGUAUGAAAAUGAUAUCAAGCGGUAUAAUGAUAUUCUACAGGAAGAUCGAGUUUACAUAUUUCUGGAUGGCCUUGAUGAUCGUCUUGAUAAGGCCCGAAGUGAUGUUCUUCACAUGACUCCAUUCCCUACUGUGGACCAAGCUUAUGCCUAUGUUCGCCGUGAAGAUGUUCGACAAGCAGUGAUGAUGGGUUCAUCUGCACCCACUGGCGCUGGCUUAGCGGCGAAGAGUGCGCCUCGAUCAGGUCCCCCUACUCGUGCCGGACAGCCCCAUAAUUCCUCUACUCCAGCCCACCUUCAGAUCCAAUCAUAUGCUACUGCUGCUGGUGCGCCACCUCCUAAAACUAUCCCACCUUCCCGUCCCAAGGCUCCGACUGAUGGAAGUGGUUGCACGCACUGUGGCAAUCCCAAACAUACCCGUGACACCUGUUUUAAGCUGAAUGGUUAUCCUGAUUGGUGGGAGGACCUCCGCGCUCGCAAGCUCAGAGAAACUGCUAGUAAUUCCGGCCGUGCUGCUCUUGUCUCUACCGAACCCCAAUUAGCCUUGUUCCCGCAGGUAGACCCUACUGAUAGUCCUGCGCUUCCGGAUGUCUCAGGUAACUGCGGUUAUGCAUUUCAUACUUCUGAUAUACGAGAUACUACUGGUUGGAUAAUUGAUUCUGGCGCCACUGAUCAUAUGACCUUUGAUCCGAAUGAUUUUUUGCACACCACUACACCCCGCCGCACAAGUAUUGCCAAUGCAAAUGGAGUUACCUAUCCUGUAACAGGGGCCGGCACUGUCGCCCUUUUCACCUUCUCUGUCCCUUUCUAA